AUUAAGUUUGGCUACGGCUAUGACUACAUAAAUUGAUGUGUGGAUACCUAAAUAAAGUUAACUCCUCGCUUUGGGCGGCGGGUAGCGCCAUCUAUUCAUAACUUUAACUACUGCCCCUUGGCUUUUAAUGCGACUUAGUAGUAUUAAAUAUAGAUGGCGCGAGUUUUUACACAAUAAGCUUUGACGUCAAGAGGUGAAAAAUGUCAUUAUCCAUUCAUUUGUUCAUCCUAAGGUGGCUUGAGUUGACUCGAAUCUGGCUCACGGUCCGGCGAUCUGGCUGGAUCCUUCCCGAUUUGUGUUCUCGUGCUGCUCGGUAGUCCUAGCAGCCGGUCGGCGAGGUCCUUUUCGUGGAAGGAUACCGUAACUACGCUCAAAGGUUGUAUUCUCUAAGGAACGAGCCCUGCGGCGCAAAGGAUCGAGCUGUUCUUCCACCAAAGUAUGCCAGCCGAUGAAGGGGACAGCGGAGUGGACGCCAUGAGUUUGCCCGAGAGUCGAGACAGCUCGCCCGCCAAGGUGCAGAAGGCCGACCUCGAUGUUCCGGUCCCGAACAUUGAGAACCCGUUCGCCCGAAGGCGGGAAGUGGAGGAUGAAGAAGACGACGACUUUGAGCUGGACGAGACCAUUGCGGAGCGUCUGUGGGGCCUGACGGAGAUGUUCCCGGAGUCUGUGCGCAAGGGCACCCACUCGCUGGUCUGGGGCUCCCUGUCCGGGGUGCGGCGCUUCUACGGCUUUGGCCGGGCCGCCCUGUGGGUGCUCUUCUCCUCGACGGCCAUCCUCUUUGCCCCCGUCGUCUUCGAGGUGGAGCGCCUGCAGAUGGAGGAGAUCAGCCGGCAGCAGCAGAGACAGAUUUUGUUGGGCCCCAGUGCUGCUGUUUCUGGGGGAGCCGGCGCGAUGCCAGGGCUCAACAUGCUUGGUGGUCCACAACCGCAGCCCUCGCGGUAGUUAUUGGCCGUUCUCGGUGGCGGCGAUACCUUCUCAUCUGGUCCCUGGUUCCGGUCGUAUUUGUAGCACUGCAACGUUUGCGUUUUACGUGUCCCGAGGUGCCUUUCUCCACCGCUCGUGUCGAUUACGUUUUGUGAUGUUCUGUAGUCAUCAAGUAUAUUUAGGGGGAAAUAAAAGGGAAUUUUCUUCUAAUGUGUCCUCUUUGCACGAACACAUUUUUACGGUACACUACUUUUGCGAAUUCGACUUACUACUUUUCGAAUUCUUUAUACGUUGCGGGAAUGAAAUGGCAAGAUAAGGGUAAACAGGUUUGUGAAGAAGUUGAACCUGGACCUGUUGGCACAAAUUGUUUUUCAUGAUUGUUUUUGGAAUGCAAGCAUGAUUUACAGUAGUAUACAUGGGCUGAUGUAAUUUCGCUGUCACUCGUGUAAGUUUUGCUGUAAAGCACAAAUGAAUGAAAUCAAGCUUUUUUUCCUUCAAUCUCGGCAGCUUCCUUUAUUUGUGAGGACGGUUCUGACUUGUCGGUUUACGCAUACCAAGCUGAGUACAGAGUCACCUUUGUAAGAGACUUAUUCUGCUCAAGAUUGCCUGGUUGGACCUUGGAAACUUACCAGCCUGUAAUCCUGUACUUCAUAGAUGAAGAACAUAGCCAUAGUUAUGACAGCCUUCGCUCUACUGCAGAUUCUUCUCUGUGCAGACUCGAUAAAAAAAUUUGGUUGCUUUAAUGGGCUGUUAAUUGUUCUAUUUGAUUUUGUUGGCUUUUGUUUUAUCGGCCCGCCGUGUAUUCUCGGUGCAUCUCUUAGGUGAAUGUGUGCAAUUUUAUGGAUGGGUAAGGCCUGUAGUUAAAUAUGUUGUUUUGUUUAGUUGUAUGACAUUGUUCUACAAUUCCUUAGUGGUCUUUAAAAUAUGAAUGUUAUAGCAACCUGUUGAACCUCUGACCUGGCCAUCACAGUACCCUUUCAAGAAUACUGCACUUCAUUUAAUAGAUGUUUUCAUUUCCAGGAAGGUUUUUUUGUUUUUAAGACUUUUUGUUCUGCUUAUGAAGGAAGGAUGGGUAGGAAUGAGAUCAAAAUAUACCAAGUUAUGCAUGUAAUACCAUGCCUCGUACCAACCUGCACUGAUUGAGUCGGGUGUGCCGGCACUGGUAAAGUCCGCAUGAAUGCCCACACCCUAGAGAUUGCCCAUCCCAUUUUUUGGGGGGCUAAAUAUCCAUAACGUGCAUAUCUCGAAAUAUCUCCUGCUGAAUAUCGAUCUUGCGAUGUCCAACCAGAAUCGCAUGAACCGCACUAUUUGCGGUGCCAGUACGUGUGGCGAGCGUGUUCGCCGUGGGUUCUGUAAUGUUUAUUGCACCGUGAUGCAUGAAUCUGCUGCGGCUGCAAUCUGCAGUGCAUGUUCUCGUGACUUGCGAGUUCGUAGCGUGUUCCUGCGGCUUUGUCUGCGUUCUGCGUAAGCUGUACCGGUUCCCGGGACACCAGAGUUUGUAGCGGGUUCUUGCGCUGUGAAGUGCGAAUGUGCUUUGUCCGCGUUCUGCGGCAUUCAUUCCCUUGAUAAGGGAGUUGGUAGCGAAUUCCAGCAUACUUUUCUCACCAUGGAACACUAAUUUGCCGUGUCCGCAAUCUUUGGUAUCGGUUCCGGUUUCACAUAUUUUACUGUGCCCCCCCUUCCUGUGCUGUCACCAAUUUUUGAUAUGUUGCUGGUGCACCCCAAACAUUGCCUGCCCCAUAUUUUUCACCAUUGAUCUCCAUUUUGGGUGGAGGUCCUUUCGGGACUUUACGGUGGUCAUCGAAAAGUGUGAAGAAGAUAGCUAGUGUUACUAGUGCAGUGUCUAUGCCUGUGCAGCAAGGGAAUUCAAGGCCGUAUUGGGACGAACUGACAUGUUGCACGGACAUUGAAGACAAUUCUGGAACUUAAAGCAGAACUGUAGGAGAGGCUCUAAGGAAUCGUGCAAAUUUUCCUAUGUACAUAGUAUAUGCUUCAAAAUGCAGUUGGAGUGUUCGAAGUUGUAGCUGAAUGUUGCAGGGGACGGUGGUGAGAGGGCACUUACGAUAGAUUAAUAGAAAAGAGCUGUGGCAUGUUGUUCGCACACAUCAUGCUUUUCCUCCAUGGAUAUCGGAAAUAAAAGCGGUCACGGAUCUUUCAUCACCUCUGCA